GAUCCGGACCUAUUUUGAAGUGACACCCAUUUGAAAAUGACGUCCGCCACAGGUCCUCCGUGCAAAAUAUUUACGUUUCACGACGCUAAGUGUUCCCCUGACCCCGUGUUCGAAGUCAAACCCGAAUGUUUACACCCUUCUCCCGUUCCGAUAGUAGUGGAUAAUGGAUCUUUCCAAACGCGAGCCGGUUGGGCUUGUAAAGGAGAAGAAUAUUCUCUUCCGGUGCUGCUGUUUAAAUCGGUAGCGGCGAGAAGCAGAGGAGCCGCACGCAGUGAAACGCAGGUCGGCAACGACAUCCCGAAUCUGGAGCCGCUCCGGUGGCUGCUUAAGAGUCAGUUCGACCGCAAUGUUGUUGUUAAUUUUGAGAUCCAAGAGCUUAUGUUGGACUACAUCUUUCUACACCUCGGGAUUGGAACGGAGGGUCAUGUGGACCAUCCCCUGGUCUUUACUGAGGCUCCUUGCAACCCGCUUCACUGCCGGCAGAUGAUGUCUGAACUGCUGUUUGAGUGUUAUGGAGUACCUCGAGUGGCGUAUGGUGUUGACAGCCUCUUCAGUUUGUACUACAGCAGCACACAAUUCAAUAAACCACACACUGGCUUGGUGUUGUCUUCAGGAUAUCACUGUUCUCACAUAUUGCCUAUCAUCAAUGGCAGAUUGGACGCUGUUAACUGUAAGAGAAUAAAUGUUGGAGGAAGUCAUGCUGCAGCGUAUAUGCAGAGACUUCUUCAGCUGAAAUAUCCUGCUCAUCAGGCUGCCAUCACACCCAGCCGUAUGGAGGAGCUGAUGCAUCAACACUGCUAUGUUGCCGUGGAUUAUGAGCAGGAGUUGGAGAAGUGGCGUAGUGCUGAGUUUUACGAGGCUGAGGUUCACCGCAUGCAGCUGCCAUUCUCGGGGAAGGUAGCAGGGAUGUAUGCUAGUGUGGAGGAGAGGCAGGAGAAACGAGUGCAGCAGCUUCGCCGGCUUGAGGAGCUGAGUAAUCGGCACAGAGAAGAGAGACUGCAGCAAGAUCAGAAAAGACUGCAUACGUUGCUUACUGUGCAGGAGCUCCUGGAGGAGGGAGCAGUGGAGCAAUUUCACAGACGACUGAUGGAGCUGAACAUGGACUCAGCUGAGGAAUUACAAUCAUACAUUAACAAACUCAGUCUGAGUGUGGAGCAGCACAGACUAGCUCGAGCAGAGAUUACAGAGUUGGAGCAGUUGGAGCAGCCUGUGGAUGAAGGUGACAUGGAUGUUGAUGUAAAUAAAGAGAGCUCUGAAGCAGAAAAAGCUGAUCAUUUCCAGCCAGUGUUUAACAUGGCAGAGUACCACCAGCUGUUUGUGGGAACUGAGAGACUGCGGGUUCCAGAGGUUCUGUUUCGUCCUUAUCUGAUUGGUGAGGAGCAGAUGGGCCUCACUGAGGCGCUACAGUUUGUACUAGAACAGUACACUCCACAACUGCAGGCAACGUUAGCUGAAAAUGUUUAUCUGACUGGAGGAAACCUCCUUUAUCCUGGAGUUAAAGAGAGAGUUGAGAGAGAACUGCUUGCUAUGAGGCCUUUCCAGUCACACUUUAAGGUCUCAUUGGCAUCUCAGCCAUCUCUGGAUGCCUGGUUUGGGGCACGUGAAUGGGCUUUAAAAAAUGAGUCUGAAUCUCAUGGCUGGAUCACCCGACAGGACUAUGAAGAGAAAGGAGGAGAGUACCUGAGUGAGCACUGCACAUCUAACAUCUUCAUCCCCAUGUGCAUCAGCAAACCAGCAGCACGCAGCAAUGAACUGUCAUUUUCAGCAACAGAAUAUGCUCAGGAUGUUUGCACUUCAACAAUAAGCUUGAACACUGAUGUGGCCUGUGAACCAAACCGCGGAACGUCAGGGAUUAAAGUGUCCCAAUAGAUACAGUGUCCCCUCAUGUUCUCCAGUGUUCCUUGAUUUGAUGAUGAAUUAAUGGAUGAGUUUACAGUUGUAUUUCAGCAUAUAUACACACAAUUCAGACAAUACAAGCUAUAGAUAAGAAUAAUGGUAAUUGGGAUUUCUUUGAACAGAUCCAUUCUAUUCUUCUUCUUCGUUGUCUGUAUAUUCAGAAACCCUCUCAAAUAGGGCCACAUGGACAGCGAGUGUAUUAAGCUGGACUAUGUCUUCUGAAGCACUGGGUAUUGAGAUGGUGUAGUUUUAUAACAAUAUACAAAACAUUAAUUUUUUUUUUAAUGCUGCUUGUUUCUACAAGGCCCCCUGGGCAUAUAAUCUAAUCAUUCAAAUGAUCAAAUUCUUAGAUUUCCUGGGGAAAAUAAAAUUAUUGCUCACAUACAUACAUGUUGAAAAUAGAUCAUUUUUUCAUGUUUCAUUAUAUGAUAUAGAAUUUUGUAGUUUUGUAAAUUACAUUUUUUUUUAUUUAAUAUGUAGUAACUUUUU